CAGAACAAAAAUGACAAGCAUCUUUAAGGGGGUGCGUGGUAUUGGAUCCAAAAGUUCUGCCUGCCUGCAAGUUUUCCUACGUGGCUAUAUUCUUCUGCUACAUCUACAAAAUCACACGCACUGCUGCCCUACCGCUUGCCAUGUCUGCACAGGAAGACAAGUUAACUGCCGUGGCUCGGGUCUGAGCCAGGUACCGAGGAGUUUCCCCAAAACCACAACUCUUAUUUAUUUGAGUGGAAAUAAUAUUAGCCACAUAAGUGCCGACGACUUUACUGACCUGCAGAAACUUGCUGUACUGUAUUUAGAUAACGCCAGCGUUUCUUUUAUACAACCCAGAGCAUUUGGUCAGUUGAAAAAGCUUUACUAUUUAUAUCUAAAUGAUAAUUUUAUACAGCUGUUAGAUCCAGGAGCAUUGGAUGGGCUUUCAAACCUUAACUAUUUAUACCUGCAGAGUAAUCAAAUGGCUAUCCUUCCGCGUGGUUUAUUUAGAUACCUUAAAGCUCUUCGAUAUUUAAUGCUAAACAGAAACCAGCUUGGGGAACUCAUCGGUGACGUAUUUGCAGGAAUGACCAGCCUCAGCACGCUAAAUUUAGCUAACAAUAAUAUCUCCCGCAUCUCAGAAUCAGCAUUCCGUUACCUUGAAAACUUGGAACACCUUUAUCUGGAUGAAAACCAUUUAACGCAGGUGCCCUCACUUGCGCUGAGACAUCUAAAAAAUCUCAAACGGCUUUCAUUAUCUAACAACCCUCUUGGAUCUAUACAUAACUUUGCCUUCAGAGGGCUGGACUCUCUGCAGUACUUGUUUUUGGAAAAUGCCAAUAUAGAUGCUAUUAUGGAGUACUCUUUCUGUGGACUGAAUAAUGUCAAACAGCUUAUUUUAAGUAGAAAUAAGUUAAAUACUCUUGAAGGCAAGAUGUUCAACUACCUGAAUCAUUUGAUGUAUCUUCAGCUGGACAAAAACAGCAUAGCCGCCAUUUAUGAUAACACAUUUGAAGAACUUGUGUCCUUGAAAGUUCUUAAUUUGGCCUUUAACAACCUGACGUUCCUUCAGCCUAAAGUCCUUCAGCCUUUGAUAUCAUUAACACAUUUCCAGGCAACAAAUAACCCAUGGGACUGUGGUUGCCCUUUAUUAGAAAUUCGAAAUUUCCUCUUGUCAUCUUCGUUUUCAUUUAGCAUUCAUUGUCAGAAUCCCCCGCAGCUGCAGGGGCGGCCGUUGCAUAACCUGAAACGGUCUGAGUUUGACAACUGUCCCACUAAAAACCCAUUAUUCCAAACAAGUCAGGAUGCUGAGUUUUCUACAGCAGCCAUGUUGUUCGGAUACAUGAAAAGCGCAGCACACAACCCUUUUUUUGAUAUUUCAAUGCCAACUGACUUUCCCUAUGAUGAAUUAUCAACGGAUGGUGUAUCUGGAACAACAACCAUUCUUCCAUCCUUAACUUUGAAUACACCUUUAAUGUCGGCACCAGUAAAUCUGACUCUUGAAGGAAAGAAUCUAAUACCAACAGACAUAGCAGUCAAUGUUUCCUUGAUACCUUCCACAAUAUGUCCACAGCAGCUCAACAGCCUGACCCAGUCUUUUCAGAUUCUUCUUUCAUUUUUCAUUUUGUUAUGUGCAGUCAUUAUUUUCCUAAUUUUUACUAUCAUCCGUUUAAAGAAAAAACAUGUACCGCCUGAAAAUCACGCAGACAGUGCAUUGGAGUAUUACAGUUGUUACCACUCUGGAAGAUACCAACUUACUGACCCUGUAAGCAUUGUGCCACAAAGCCCAGAUAUUGACAUCUUAAGACCACUUAAGUCGUCCACUACGGACCAUCAGACACAAGUCAUUUUGUUUGAACAUUCAGCUCUCUAGAUGCAUUUAUUCAUCUCCCUCCAACAUCAAAAGCAACAUAAAAAGCAAUGUCUAAUAAAAUAUAUUUCUUUUAAAGUGGACAUUCGCCUUUUAUAAAGCUCUACCAAAGUGACAAAAGAAGUACUUUGCCAAAAAAAGACACAAAAUUCUGUGCACGCUGGUCUCUAAAUAUGUGUGCAAGUGCAAAGGUUAGAGAAUCAGCACCCAUUUUGGAACAGUGACGGUUCAUUCUAUGGUAUUCUAUAGUAAUUAAAAGGAGAUGGGUCAUUCAUUUUAUCCUUUGUCCCGAGGCAAGAUCCCAGAUUUAAUCCAAUUGAGAAAAGAUUAAGAAAUCAUGAUAUAAGUAGUUAAAAAUAGAAGCCUGAUUGAAUGUAUUAGUGAAAGAGUGUUUGAAUUUAUUACAUUUAGGUAUAAUAUUAGAUUCCAUCUGCCUGUUCAGCUUGUACAGUCGUAGAGAUAAUUUGUUGCUUGGAAGUGCACUUAAUGGCAAUGAUACCGUUAAAUAAAUCAUUUCACUGUUCAUGACACCAAAGUGUUUGAAGACACAUGCAAGCGCUGCUUUUCCUACAAUGAAAACAACUCUUAAAAGCUGAAGGAUUGUCAGCAGUUUGAUAUUUUUCAGAUUGACACAUUAAAAUUCAAUACCCGUGUCAGUUUACCAUGUGUUCAACUGCCAUAAGCAGUCAAACCCCAUUCUGUUCUAUGGGGAAUGCCGUCCAACAUCACUCAUGGCUCCCCAGUGAGCAUCACAUGUGGGUGGAAAGGAUUGGGAAAAUUGUUAAAUUGAAUCAAAAAAGAUUUUGGCAAAUGUGAGAGGGCGAUAAGGUUUUACAGAGCAGCAACUGUUGUUCCUAAUUGGUAAAAAUGUUAUAAAAUUAAAAAAUCAGCAAUAAGGUUUCCAAGGUGCUGUUGCGAGGCUCUGUGAUUUUAUAUUGCGCUGCACAGGACUCAGCGACUGUAGGCCCCACGCACUGGUUUCCUUUCAUUGGCGCCUGUUCGUUUGGGGAUCCAUAUGUCUGAGCACAAUGUUUAGAAUCUUCUACUGAUGUAAAUUAUCCCUUAUGUGUAUUUGUGUUUAUAUAGUGAAUAAUGUUCCCCCUACUGUAAAAUAUAAGUAUAUUAUAAGCACUGCUUAUUCCAUGACCUGUAUAAAAGCACUAGGCCAAGGUCAUGGAACGCCAUGGUGACUUCUAAUAUCCUUGUAUUUUACAACAGGGGGUACAUUAUUUAUUGUAAGACACAAGUUUCAGUGAGUCAUAAGAAAGAAAUUACAUCACUAAUCACCAAUUAUAACUGAUGGCAUCACUAAGCACUGUUUAUAAGGAUAUAAUUGAAAACAUGUUCAUGGCUUUUAAGUACUAUUUAGAUUUAAUUGUUUGUAUACUGUAUAUAAUUACCUAACUGAAAUUUAGAUUUAAUUGUUAAAUUUUUUGACUUUUUCAACCCAAAAUGGUCACAUGACCAUGUAACGUUUGCUGUUUUACAUGACCUAAUCCAUCAAUACAAAUAUUCUUCCUUUUUAUUUCUUUUUUUUUUUUUUUUUUACAUCACGUUUUAGCUGUGAUUUAUCUUGGCUCCAUAGUUCAUUUGCUGUUAUGAAUAAAUAUGCUACAUUAUUGAC